GACGAAUUUUUCAGUUGUGUGCAUCAAUUACUUAAUGGCCUCGUCUGUGUUGGAACUCACAAGAACUUAUCAUGAAGACGUUGAAAGAGCCGUCAAACUUGCGACAAAGUUGCUUAAAGAAAAGCCAAAGUCCUAUCUUCCCAAACUGGAGACCGAACAAAGAGUCAGGAACCUCGUAGAAUUUAUUCAGGACAGAUAUCAGAAACUCUUAAGACUUUACGAGGAUGAAGAUGGAACCAGAGCUGCCGAAAUUGAAUAUUUGGAACAACCAGAACGGCUUUCGUUAUUCUAUGAAAGACUACGAGAAAUAAAGGAGUCGUAUAGGAAGUCUGGAGGUAGAGGAAAUGAAUUGGAGUCCUCUUCAACUUUAACAGCCAAGAAACAAGAGGAAGAGUUGCUUGCGUUGACGGAACCAAAACUCGUUUUCUCUGGAGAGGAAAAUUAUGGUUAUUUUGCUUUUGGCCGAUAUUUGGAUCUUUCAAGUCUUUACGAGGCCUUUGUCAACAUCAAAGGAGCUCCCGAAGUUGACUACAUCGACUAUUUGAGUACUUUUUACAAGUUUGAGUUUUUCAGUAAAUCGCUCAAGAAUAAGAAAGCAUAUCAGACAUACCUCUCUUCUUUGCUGAGUUAUUUGGAAGAUUUUGGUCGAAAACUACGGCCUUUAAGAGAUGAAAGAGCUGAAAGAGACAGCCUUGAAGUACAAUUUGAACAACAAUGGAAACCAGAAGUUUCUGAGCCCACUAUCAAUUUAGACAAAUUUAAUAGCGCGAGUGAACUAGAAGCAAAUAUGUCGCCAGAGGAAAUGAAGCAGAUUUUACUGUCAAUGGGUUUGAAAUGUGGAGGAACUCCUAGUGAAAGAGCAAAGAGACUUUUUGAAACCAAAAACAAAGAGUUAUCAUCUUUGCCUGCAUCCAUGUUUUCUCGAAAAUAUUCAAGAAACUCUGGCAAUGGUGAUCAGAAGACAACUUCAGAAAGUGCAAAUAGAAAGGAAGUUGCCAAAAUGGAAAUGCUUAUUCAAUAUCUUUGUGAGGAAAUUUUGGCGGAUGAAGUGGCAAAUACGAAAACUUAUGUGGAAAAGAAGCUUUCGCAGUCAUAUACUGAAAUCGAAGCAGAGAGGAUCUCAGAAGAACAAGCUCUUCAGAAUCCCGAAGAAGAAAGUGAAGAGGAAGGAGAAGAAGAAGAGAAACCUAUCUACAAUCCAAAGAAUAUACCUUUGGGAUGGGACGGCAAACCAAUUCCGUAUUGGUUAUACAAGUUGUACGGCCUAAACUUAGAAUACUCAUGUGAAAUAUGUGGAAACGAGAACUAUAGAGGUCCUCGAGCCUUUGAGAGGCAUUUUACGGAAGCGAAACACAUUCAAGGUUUACGUUUUUUGGGUAUUCAGUACAGCAGGCACUUUUAUAUGGUGACAGGUAUAGAAGAUGCGUUACGAUUAGAUGCAAAGUUGAAAAAUCAAAUGGAACUGGAGCGGUUUCGACCAGAAGAGGAAGAGUUCGAAGAUGCACAAGGGAAUGUAUUUAAUAGGCGUACAUAUGAGGAUCUUCGUCGGCAAGGCCUUAUUUAAUGAAGAAGACAACUCUAGCAGACAAGCUCGUUGGCCUACUGGUUAUGACUAGUUAGCAUAAAGUAUAAUUGAUGCUCCUUUAGCUUCAGCCGGGUAACUUUACUGUUUCAUUCGAAAGAGAAGUAAAACUCAAUAUUGAAAA